CGGGGGUAGUGUGGAUGGGUACUGGCUGCAGCCUGCAUCGUGGAGAAAAACGUGCCUUCACUCGUGUUGUGUCAGUGGCAAAGAGGCUGGCCACCUCAGAGAGACCCCUGUUUUAUAACAGCAGCACAGCCGGAUUGAUGGAUCUUUAGAAGAUGCAUGCACGCGUGCAGUUGUUUACAAAGGCGGAGUGACUUGGUUCUAGUGGAGCUGACACCGAGGCGCACUGUCACAUCUAAUCGCGUAUGUUGUUUCCGAUUCUGGGAUACUCUUUUUGUACAUUAAGGAAUUCCAAAACUCCCCAUGGUGCUUGAAGGCAGUGAGAUGGAUGGCAUUGGGAACACCAUGCAGAAGAAGGCUGCAGAGCUGGAGCGGCUGGCCGAGGUGCUGGUCACUGGAGAACAGCUCAGGUUACGUCUCCAUGAGGCGAAAGUGAUCAAGGACCGGAGACACCACCUGCGGACAUACCCAAACUGUUUCGUUGGCAAAGAACUCAUUGAUUGGCUGAUUGAUCACAAAGAGGCCACAGACAGAGAGACCGCCAUUAAGAUUAUACAGAAGCUUUUGGACCAGUGCAUCAUUCACCAUGUCUGCGAUGAGCACCGAGAGUUCAAGGACAUGAAGUUGUUUUACCGGUUUAGGAAGGACGAUGGCACGUUUCCACUGGACAGUGAAGCCAAAGUCUUCAUGAGGGGACAACGGCUCUAUGAAAAGCUAAUGAAUCCAGAGAAUAACCUGUUACAGAGCAGAGAGGAGGAAGGCGGGACAUUUGAGCGGACCCUCGUGGCGUCAGAGUUUAUUGAUUGGCUGCUGCAGGAGGGAGAGAUGCCCACUAGAGAGGAGGCCGAGCAACUGGGACGAAGGCUACUCGAGCAUGGCAUUAUUCAACAUGUUACCAACAAGCACCACUUUGUUGACGGGCCGCUGCUGUAUCAGUUCAGGAUGAAUUUCAGACGAAGGAGGAGGUUAAUCGAGCUUCUUCAUGAGCGAAGUCGGACCAUCCCGGAGAGCCAUGACAGUCCGUUUUGUCUGAGAAAACAAAACUCAGAUGGGAGCAACACCAGCUUCCUCUCAGUGAGUCCCACUAAAGAGAUAAAGGUGGUGGUGGGGGUCCGCCGUAGCAGCCUCAGCAGCAGCUGUGGGAGCAGUGGUUACUAUAGCAGUAGUCCAACACUCAGCAGCAGCCCACCAGUCCUCUGCAACCCCAAGUCAGUUUUAAAGAGACAAGUGAGUCCAGAGGAGCUGCAGGCGCCAGGAGGACCCUUUAUAAAGAAGACAUUCACUAUUGUGGGUGAUGCUGUUGGAUGGGGGUUUGUUGUGCGAGGCAGUAAACCUUGUCACAUUCAGGCAGUGGACCCGGGCGGCCCUGCAGCUGCUGCCGGCAUGAAGGUUUGCCAGUUUGUGGUGUCCGUGAAUGGUCUGAACGUACUGUCACAUGACUACAGAACAGUGAGCAACCUCAUCCUCACUGGACCCAGGACAAUUGUUAUGGAGGUGAUGGAGGAGAUCUGAAUACAAAGACGGAAAAAAACAUCAGAAGGGCACAACGUGGUACACUGUCUAAAAAGACAAAUGCAGAAGAACUUGCCCUUGAAAAACCAGAGCAGCAGUGACUGGAAACUCAAGUUGUUCAGUUUGUUUGGACAAGGCGUGUGAUGGACCAGAACUCUGUUUAACCGUGUGCAGGUUGAGUAAAUGAUUCUUGGAAACGGGGCAAGGGUAUGUCCGCAGAUGCACAAAAACUGUAAAGAAAGUGUAAAAAAUCUUUGAAAAAUGUUGUGCUAAUCUCACUGGAAAAGACAGAAAUCUGACACAUAAAGUAGUGCCAUGAUUUUGAUUGGAUUACAGUUUUGCACGGAUUUCCAAGUAUUCUGACCACAGCUAAAGAUGAACCAGGAAGAAUGAAUCACAUGCCAUGACCUCUUCUCCACUUGUGGCCAUCUCUGAAGAUUUUCUGGUCCUGUACUUCCCCCUGCUGGAAGAAGAGAAGACUGAAAUAAUUACUGCUUAAAAUAUUGAGUCAAAAGAGUUGAAGAUGAACAAAACAAACUAGGAAAACUCAAUUGUACCUAGAUAUUUUUUGUAUACAAAAUGAAUGGAAAACAUAAUCAAAAUGAUCAAAAACUAUGAUUUUAUAAUUAGAUUUGACUGAUGAUGGUCAUAUGUUUUUUUGUUUAAUAUGCUUGUUUUUUAAACAAACAUUAGCACAAUAACCUACACUUUAAAUUGACAUAAGCACUUAAUUGAUACGAUUACGGCUGCUUUUAUAAAUCUUGUAUGUACAUAUUACAUAAAUAACGCACAAUCACUAAAUAUAGUGUGAAGAAAUACUUUAGUGUUAGACAAGUGUAUGUACAUGUUUACUGACCACACUGAUCACUAUAUUGUUUGGACAAAAUAUUUUAACUCCAAAGUUAAACAAUAUUUUAAGACCAGUAUAUUUUUGCACCUCAUUGGCAUUAUGUGUAAAAGAAGUUUGAUUUGAGUGUGAAUUUAUUAUACAGAUCUUAAAAAAGCAUGGUUCACAUGUAGGUCUGUAGUUUGUGAACCCAGUCUUUGAAAAACUUUAUGACUUAAGUUUUGUUAGGUUAGAGAGGUUCACUAGAGUGUCCCAUAGUUGUAUUUCUUGCAAGUAUCUGGCAUGUUUCUAGUGUCAUCUUGUUAAUGUCAGUCCUGUUCAGUCGUAACAUGCAUGACUUGGUAAAAUCUCAAAACUAAUUGUAUAUUUCAACAAUUUAUUGUUACAAGUCAUCAUGUAAAAAUCUGAUCAUGAUAGAAGAAGUAGCAGAUUUUAAACUCGUUACUGAAUUAGCCAGUGAGCUAUCAGACUAGCUUUCUACUUUUUUAGUCAAACUGCUACUCUUUUUGUUGGUAUUUAAAGGAGGAAAUGGCUGCUUGUAAUGAAAAGGCAUACAGACAAUUUAAUGAUUGUAACAUCAUUCUUUAAACAAGCUUUAAUUUUCUGAAUAUAUUUUGUCACUGCGGUUGACUAACUGCAACUUUUACAUGCUAAUAAGCUAUAUUUUUCAUAAAGCGAUUGUGCCUGGGAGCGUUUCCAGUAGUGGGUUGUAAAGGGGACAAAGGUUGCACUAGACUCAUAUAAUAAUGCAGGAGUGUCUGGUGUCACCUCAGAAAGGUUAGUACAGGUUAGUAGGUCAAAGCUGGUGAAUACAAAAUGUUAUUUGACUGUUCAAUUUAACAUUUGCCUUAACAACUUCUUUUGCUGCUAUCACUGCUUAGCCUCUCCCUCAAGAGCUUCAAUCAUUUAGACAAUCAGUGUCUGUGUGUUAGUGUGGACAGCAUUUACAACAAGCACAAUAGAACGCAAUGGAAUGAUGUGUUGACUGUGUUGUUAUUGCAUUUACGUUCAUGUAUUGCUGACUGUUAUAAAAGGUACCGCAGAAUGAGUUUAGCCUUUUGUGGGACUUUGAGACAGUAACUUACACCAUCAGUUGUUGCAGCUAUGGUUCAUUUGGAUGUUCUAAUAAAAUAAAACAAAAAAUAAUACUAAA